AUGUCGCGGUCGGCGGCGGCUGUCCCUCAGUCAGUCACUCGCCAAGCCAGCACGCCAUGCGCCGUCACUGUGGCUGUCGGCUGCCUCGCUCAACCACCAACACUAUCACCAUCGCCAUCGCCAUCGCCAUCGCCGGCAGCAGCCCUGCUCACCAGCCAAGUGCGCCUGCUUCACUCGUCCAAUGGCGGUCGGGGUCUCACUCGCUCACUGCUCGCGUCCUCGCUGCCAUCCUCAUUGUCAUCACUGCAACUGCACUCCCUCCGCUCUGGAUCGGACGCUGCUUCUGCUGGGCAAUUACUGCUGGGAUUCACGACGCGCGCUGUCUCCAGGCAGUUUCACUCGAGCUCAGGCAUCGCAUUUCACGGAGACUAUGAGUACAAAGAUCCAACAUCACCCGACCAAAUCGUCAAUAUCGUGUAUGUGGAACGAGACGGGACAAGGCGUAACAUUGCGGGAAAGGUUGGCGACAACGUCAUGUAUCUAGCACAUCGUCACAAUAUUGCACUCGAAGGUGCGUGCGAAGCAUCAGUUGCAUGCUCAACGUGCCACGUCAUUGUUGAUGACACGAGCUUUCCAAAACUCCCCGAGUCCAGCGAGGAAGAAGAUGAUAUGCUGGACAUGGCGCCAUUUCUCACGGCAAACUCUCGGCUUGGGUGUCAGAUUACGCUCACAAAGGAAAUGGAAGGCAUGGUCCUGACUCUUCCAAAGGCCACGCGCAACUUUUACGUGGACGGGCACGUUCCCAAGCCACACUAG